CACAAACAGCCGCCGCCGCCGACACCAAGUUUUCUUCUAGACGCAGAAUCUGCAUGCCCGCUGCAUGGUAGCGCCUCAACUCUUGCCCGCCCUGGCCCAUCGCGAUGGGCGCGUCGCAGUCGACUGGCGGACCGGGUGCGCCUGGCGCUGGCGAUAGCGGAGAGAUCAAGACGAGCUACUACGAGCUGCUGGGCCUUGAGAGGACUGCCACGGAUGAAGAGAUCAAGAAAGCAUACCGCCGAAAAGCCCUCGAGCUCCACCCCGACCGCAACUAUGGCGACGCCGAGCGCACCACCGCCCUCUUCGCCGAAGUCCAGUCCGCCUACGAGGUCCUGUCCGAUCCGCAGGAGCGCGCCUGGUACGAUGCGCACGAAGGAGACAUACUGCGGGGUGGCGAGGGUGGAGGCGAGGCGCAUUAUGAGUUCAACAUGCGGUCUACGACCGUGGACGAUAUCUCGCGGCUGAUGGGCAAGUUCAGAGGGAACGUCGACUUCUCGGACUCGCCGAAUGGCUUCUUCGGCUUCGUGCGGGAAACGUUCGAGCAGCUGGCACGCGAGGAGGAGAACGCAGCGGAGCAUGCGGGGCUCAAAGUGCCAGACUACCCGUCGUUUGGGCACAAGGAUGACACGUACGAAGAUGUGGUGCGCGACUUCUACUCAGCCUGGAAUGGAUUUGCCACUGUGAAGACAUUCGCGUUCCUGGACGUCUACCGGCUCUCCGACGCGCCCGACCGUCGCGUGCGCCGGCUCAUGGAGAAGGAGAACAAGAAGUUCCGGGAUGAAGGCAUACGGCAGUUCAACGACGCUGUGCGCACACUAGUAGCCUUCGUACGCAAGCGCGACCCACGGUACACACCGUACACGCAGACAGCCGAGGAGGCGGCUAAGGCACAACGCGAGGCGAGAAAGGCACAAGCUGCCCGGUCAAGAGCUGCGUAUGCAGCAAAGGCAGGGUUACAAGAGGAUGCCGUCCCCGAGUGGGCGAGGGCAAGAGAUCCAGAUGAGGUGGAAGAGGAGACGGAGGAAGAGAUUGAGGAGGACCACUACGAAUGCGUGGCAUGUCGGAAGACGUUCAAGAGCGAGCAGCAGUACGAUGCGCAUGAGAGAAGCAAGAAGCAUCAAAAAGCGGUCCAGGCACUGAAGAGGAAGAUGCAGAAGGAUAACGCGCAUCUGCAUCUCGACGAAGAGGUCACCAGCAGCGGUGUCAUGACGCCCGCCUCAGCCGAGGACGAAAUUCCUGUGGAAGUCGCAGGCUCGGAACCAGGAGUACUUGAUGACUCUAUGGACAUCGUAGACGGAGUUGAAGACCUCAAAGUGGACGACGGCGAAGGGCCGCAGUUGAAUGGCUCGGAAGCAGAGGACGUGACGCAGCGUAAACCACGCGCACCUACCGAUAGCGCCUCAACCGGCGAGGACGAAGAAAAUGACGAUGACGAAUACGCCUCACGCUCCGACGUCGAAGCUCGACUCGCCGGCUUCCGCAAGGCUGCCGAUGCCCCUGACAUCCACAACGAACCCCAACGUCCUACUGUAGAAAUCGUCGACGACCCUUUACACCUCGACGACACUCCCGAUUCCGAAAAUGCUACCCCAGCCGGCAAGAAGCUCGGCAAAGCUGCACAAAAACGCGCGAAGAAAGCCGCGAAGCAGGCGACGGAGCAAGAAGAUCUAAAGAGCAAGUGUAUUGGGUGCGGUAAGGGCUUUGCUACAAAGAACCAGCUGUUCCAACAUCUGAAGGAUUUCCCUAAGCAUGCGGCGCUGAAACAGGUGCCCCAGGGAGGAAAGAAGGCAAAAAAGAAGUGAACGCUGGAUGGAUAUCGCAUUGCACGAGCUGCGGUUACGACAUGAGCAUAGAUGGAUGGGUCACUUUGCAUAGCACCGGCGUUUGUCUGUUUCAAAAAGCAGGAUAGAUAUAUCGCAUCUUGUGCGCUCCGAGAGGACUAGUAUGUUGCAACGGCACCCUCGUGGUCUUUGGCUCCUUCUGAGCUGAUAUAAGAUAAUUUCAGACAGAUGGCCAUGGUCUGGAUG